UGAGAAGGGCACUCAUACCCAUGCCGAGUCGAUUCUCCACAUCAGCCAUUUCCUGCACUGCCUCCCUCCUUCCUCCCUUGCAUCCUCAUCUCACCCUGUGACAUCCUUUGACCUCACCUGAUCGUUCGAAUGAACUGUCCCCCAUAUCAUUCGUCUGUCUCAAACUCUUUGUUUCCACACCAUCUCCGAUAUUUCAGUUCCUCCCUUCUCCCUCUCAAGCCAUCUGUCACCUGUUUUCCACUUCGGCCAUUUCCUUUGUCAUCUCUCAUGCCCUCUGUCAGUACCCGCUCUUCCCUGUCCUUGACAGUCCCUUUUGCUCUUUAUCCUUGUUUGUUUUUUUUUUUUUUCAUUUCUAGCUCUACCCCAACAUAUUCCUCAUUCAUCAAAGACAGAGCCAUGCCAUGGGACUCCUUUGUCAUUCUGCCACGUGGCUUGCGGGGAGGGAGAGGGAAGGAGGGUGGAAAGGUGGGAAAGGAGGCAAGUCCUGAGAGUUUGCUCUGUGUCUGUGGAGGCAAGAGAAUUAUGGGUCGAGAAUAGCUAGCAGGUGGAUGCCAGGGAGGAAGCUGGCAGUGGUGAAGAGGUAAUGAAAGGACCACAAAAGGUGGGUGGGCUUGUAGGCUAUGCCACUUGCCCCUCUUGCCUAGAACCUGCUGGAGUUUUCUGGCACCCUGUUGCUGUUCUGGGUUUCUUUCAAUCCAGGGGUAAAGAAAAUGUGGGCUGAGGCAAAGAUGGCAGACCACCCCAUCUCCCUCUCAGACUGCUAAUGCCGCUUCCGAAAAUGGCUGCCCUCCCCCAGAUGCUCUUUCUUCUCUGCCUCCCCCAACUCCUGUCUCCCCCACAGGCGUGACAUGCUGGUGUGGGGAAAUGGGGGAGUACCCGCCUCUAUGGUGCCUUCUCUCUGUCAGAGUGAGGUGACUCCCAGAGCCAUGAGUCAACCUAGCCACCUGCAGCAGGCCCUUUAGGGCCAGGAGCUAAGACCAUUCUCCCUGCCUACCUGGAGCCCCCAAGGCUUCACCCCUGACAUAGCCCUUAGUCCUUCCUGCCAGGAUACCUUGUACACCUCACUACUGUGAAGUAGUAGGGUCAGAAAAACAGGCCUCAGCUGUGGCUGCCAGACAUUGCUGGAAAGACUCUGGUUCUCCCUGUUUUGACAAGGGUUGGCUACCCCUCAAAAAUGCUAAAGUACAGCAUCUGGCCACUCCCUUCAUAUUGUCCACAAAUCCAUUGAUGAGAGCAGGCUAGAGCAGAAGAGUCAGAGUACGUUGGUGUCCGUGAACCCCACUCAGAAGGGGUUAUCGGAGGAGUCAAGUCCUAAACUGUAGGAGCAAGUAGAGGAGGGCUUCAACAAAGGUAUUUAGGACAAGGUGGUUGGUGUCCAUCUGUCUCCUGGCAGCGAGGCUUAAGAAAGCCUUAUCUCUGGUGCUCUUGUUCACUACCAUUGGUGCUUAGGCCAUGUAGACAUGUAUUCCAAUGUCAGGGCGUAGAUGCUGGGAAACAAGGGAUAGACAGUGCCCCCCCUUGCUAAUGAGGGUGUUAGAAACAGCAGGUCCCAACGGCUGUGAGUCAUCCUGUGAUCUGAGUUACACGUGAAGCUCAGUAUAGUCUGGGAAGAAAGGGCAGAGAGAUCUAGGGUCCCCAGUGGCAGAAAAGACUCCAAACUCCCAUACCCUGGUUCAACUUGGCCGAAGACUGGAACCUGGUCCCGGUCCUGGGAUACUACCCCAGCUGUCCUCAGUCCGGGCACCAUGCCUGAGGUGUGGCGUAGGAAGACUACGAAGUUCAGGUGACCUCACUCAGUCCGCUGACCUUCGCCAGCUUCUAAACAAGGAGCCCAGCACCGGUCCAGUGGCUGUGAUGGGAAAAGAUUAUUACAAGAUUCUCGGAAUCCCGUCAGGGGCCAAUGAGGAUGAGAUCAAGAAAGCCUAUCGGAAGAUGGCCUUGAAAUACCACCCAGACAAGAACAAAGAACCCAAUGCUGAGGAGAAGUUUAAGGAGAUUGCUGAGGCCUAUGACGUGCUGAGUGACCCUAAGAAACGGAGCCUGUAUGACCAGUAUGGGGAGGAAGGCCUCAAGACCGGCGGUGGCACGUCAGGUGGCUCCGGUGGCUCCUUUCACUACACCUUUCAUGGGGACCCUCAUGCCACCUUUGCUUCCUUCUUUGGUGGCUCCAACCCCUUCGAUAUCUUCUUUGCCAGCAGCCGCUCCACUCGGCCCUUCAGUGGCUUUGACCCAGAUGACAUGGAUGUGGAUGAAGAUGAGGACCCAUUUGGUGCCUUUGGCCGCUUUGGCUUCAAUGGGCUGAGUAGGGGUCCAAGGCGAGCCCCAGAACAGUUGUACCCCCGGCGCAAGGUGCAGGACCCCCCUGUGGUCCAUGAGCUUCGGGUGUCCCUGGAGGAGAUCUACCAUGGCUCCACUAAGCGUAUGAAGAUCACAAGACGGCGCCUUAACCCUGAUGGGCGAACUGUGCGCACUGAGGACAAAAUCCUGCACAUCGUCAUCAAGCGUGGCUGGAAGGAAGGUACCAAGAUCACCUUUCCCAAAGAGGGUGAUGCCACACCUGACAACAUCCCAGCCGACAUUGUCUUCGUGCUCAAAGACAAGCCUCAUGCACACUUCCGCCGAGAUGGCACCAAUGUGCUCUACAGUGCGCUGAUCAGCCUCAAGGAGGCGCUGUGUGGCUGCACUGUGAACAUUCCCACCAUUGAUGGCCGAGUGAUCCCUUUGCCCUGCAAUGAUGUAAUCAAGCCAGGCACCGUGAAGAGACUCCGUGGGGAGGGCCUCCCCUUCCCCAAGGUGCCCACUCAGCGGGGAGACCUUAUUGUUGAGUUCAAAGUUCGAUUCCCAGACAGAUUAACACCACAGACCCGGCAGAUCCUUAAGCAGCACCUACCCUGCUCCUAGGCUCUGUCCCAGCCAGUCUGGAGCCUACCACAGCAAUACACCCACACUCACCCCAUCUCAUGGGGACUCGGCUGGAUGUCCCCUGGACACUGGCACUUUUCUAAAACGCAAACAAAAAGCCACUGAUUUUCAGGAAAACGUUCCUGUCCCCAACCCCUUUCAGAGCUGGGCUGCUUUGGGGGAAUGGGAGGGAGGUGGGGGAGAGCUAGCCCAGGCCAGGGGUCAAUUUUCUGUCACUAGCUUUGAAUCCAGUCCCCACUCCAGGGGCUGGAAAGUGACUUGAGUGCUACUUGAAGAUCUAAAGUCCUUGUCCAUGCCUGUAAAUAGCAUGUCCUCCUCCCCCCUCUCAGCCUUGCUAACCCUUUCCUCUCCCUUCCCUUUGGCGUCCUCCUGUUUCUGGAGAAAGAGGACAGAAAGGACCCCCCCCCCUCCAGGUCUGUAGUGUCCAAGACUAACCCACAAGUAUUCAUGCACACGAAGCACUUGCCUGAAGUGGUCUGUGUCUCUCUGGGAGACAAGAGGAGAGGACAUAGGAAGGAGAGGUCGUUACCUGUGAACAAGGCCAUUCAUUGAGCACGAGACACUUUUUCGUUUGGGGCAGGGAGGUGAACCACCACUCAGGAGCCUCCCCAACAGCUGCUCUGCCCUACACCCACCAAGUUGGAGGGUACGCUUCCCCGCUUCUCUGAGGAGUGUUCAAGGAUGGAGAAAAGGGGGGCUGAAGCAUUACAGCUAAGAGGUGGGACAGGACCCAUCUCCCAGCCACUGGCAGGAAGGAAAGGGCUUUGGGGUCAGGUGGCAGCUACUCCCCACCAAGAGAUUCAGGAUCAUAAGUUCCUCCCCACAUCUCUGAACUCAGGGUCUAGCCACCCCAAACUUCCAAACCCCACUUUUGUGAUAUGUGAAGCUACUUAUUUCUUACCUUUCUGGAGGCUGUGUCGGAGAUUUCCAGCCCUCUGACCCCCACCUCACUCCCACAGUUGAAUAAAGGUCUAAUAGUGAAGGAGAUGGGAGAAGACUCUUCAGCUGGUCCUGGGGUGGGGUCUUUAGGUUUUCUCACUUUGACAAGCCCCUGAAUGUUUUUAUAGUAGUUUUUUGUAUUUUUUUGUAAUGACAGUAUUAUGAAAAAAAUAAAGUAUUUUAAAAAUAUGGCCUCUGAACAGGAGCAGGGCCCCCGGGGUGCAGGCAGGAAUGCAGGGGCACUGUCAGCCUCCUUCCAGAGCCCUGAUCACUCCCAGAAAAGCCAAACAACCUCAGUCGAAGCCGAAGCUGACCCCUUCUUCCUAUAAGCUCUGACUUUUUGGAGUUCCGGAAUAUAUACCCCAAACAUCAAAGCUAGAAGCCACUGCCCGGCUGUCUGUGGAGAAGAUGCCCUUGGCUGUGAGAAACAGAGCCUGUUCUCUUCAGAAGCUGUGUCCACAUGAGAGCUAACAGACUUGUCUGAACGUUCUCUUUGAAUUAGAGACAUUUUAUUCCUUGGAGGGAAUGGAGGACUUUCUGACUGACAAGAACAGGCACACUCCCAAAGACAGUUUGGCCACCAAGUGGGUUGGAGAGAUGGCUCAGCGGCUAAGAGCACUUCCUGUUCUUACAGAGGAGCCAAGUUCAGUUCCCAGAACACACAUCAAGUAGCUCACAGUAGCUCAGGGGAACCUGACAACCCUGGCCUCCUCAGGAACCUGCAUUCAUUCACAUGCACAAUUAAUUAAAAAUAAUAAAACUAAUUUUUUUUUAAAGUUUGGGUACAAAGAAUGUAGCUAGAGCAUGCUGGCAGGCCUGGCUGGGGAUCUGGGUUCCACGAAGGGCACUAACCAGAGUUGCUACUCCUUGAAUCACACCAUUUUCUGAGGAUGUCUGUCCUGGUGCCUGACUUGCCUGUCCCUGCUAUACAACCCUGAAUCUCAGAGCCUGAUUAAUACUACAUAAAGGCCACUGCCUUUUCCCCUUGAGUCUGGGUAGGAACGAACCCUGUGGUUACAGGAAUGGCUACCUUCAAGUAUGCCAGUCACACUGCUAGAGAGAGCCCAGUAGCACAAGGACAGCUGCCUUCUGCUGGGCCUGGCCUCCCACAGGUGGACACUGGGCUUCUUGGGACCUUUCUGACCUUUCUUCAUCCUGUGCAGAAACACUGACAAAGGCUCCUGUCCUCCCACUUCCUGUGGGAGGCUCUUCUACUGCUCCCCAAGCCAGGGGUUCUGGAUCACAAAGAUGUCUGCUAUGGGCAGGGUGGACCCACCCUGCAUAAUUCUACUUCAUUCUCUCCUUCAUUGGGAAUUCUAAAGUGGUCUCACUCACUUGAGGCUAAAUAUUAUCUUCUGUCUUCCCUGAGACCUAAAACUUGAGGAUCUGAAUGUCCUGGACCAGAAUUCUCCUUCCGGCCCUUCUGUGAACACACAGGACCUAAGAAAUUGUCCUGUCUUCAUAUUUUCACUGAACACACUCUUCUGGGACCACGGGACCCUGAGAUCCUAGAAAACAGGCUACCUGAGGCAAGAUAAGCUUCUGUUGAAAUGCACACCACACACACAACUAGAAAGAGGAGAGGAAGGAGAAAGGAAAGGGGGGAAUGCAGGGUAGAACUUUAUG